UUUUUCUUUAUUUCUUUUGAAAUUUUCUGAAAUUCUCUCUUCUUUUCAUUACCAUUAUCCCCAAAUCUCCCUGUUUUAUUUUUCUAUAUUUAAGAUAUUUUCCACAUUUAUAUAUUUUUUUUUUAAAGAAAAAAUAACAGUGCCGUCCGGUAAGGGUUUUGGAGAUCGGAGGGAUUCGAAUUUGAAUGUGGUGGUGAUUUAAUUGCCGGGAUUUCGAUUAAUUUUCCGGCGAAAUAUGGCCUCCGACUUGCAAAUGAGCCCUCAGUUGGAGCAGAUCCACGGCGAAAUUCGUGAUAAUUUCCGAGCUCUCGCAAAUGGCUUCCAGAGACUGGAUAAGAUCAAAGAUUCAAACAGACAAAGUAAACAGCUGGAAGAACUUACUGGAAGGAUGAGAGAGUGUAAAAGAUUAAUUAAAGAGAUGGAUCGUGAAAUUAAAGAUGUGGAAGCUCAAAAUGCUCCUGAAGUCAAUAAACGUCUCAACGAUGAGAAGCAAUCUAUGAUCAAAGAGUUGAAUUCCUAUGUGGCUCUAAGAAAAACGUAUAUGAAUAGCCUUGGUAAUAAGAGGGUUGAACUCUUUGAUAUGGGGGCAGGAGUGAGUGAACCUACAGCCGAUGACAAUGUUCAGAUGGCAUCAAACAUGUCGAAUCAAGAGCUAAUCACUGCUGGGACGAAGACAAUGGAUGAGACUGAUCAGGCUAUUGAACGUUCUAAAAUGGUUGUUGAGCAAACACUUCAAGUGGGAACCCAAACUGCUACGACCUUAAAGGGCCAAACUGACCAAAUGGGCCGUAUUGUUAACGAGCUGGAUACAAUUCAGUUCUCAAUUAAGAAGGCCUCCCAGCUAGUGAAGGAGAUCGGAAGGCAGGUAGCCACCGAUAAAUGCAUAAUGGCAUUCCUAUUUCUUAUCGUCUGCGGUGUAAUAGCCAUCAUUGUUGUGAAGAUUGUCAACCCCAACAACAAAGACAUCAAGGACAUUCCCGGAUUGGCACCUCCAGCUCCAGCGAGGAGGCUGUUGUCACUCGAGAGCUCGGAAACAUUUUGAGUAGAUUCAUCAUUUCAUAUUAGGAAGAAGUUUUCACGUCCAGAUUUUAUGAUUUGCAUUCAAGUGGAUGGCAGGAAAGACCAGCGAUGUGAUCGUGGGCAUAUGCUUGUCUUUUCACAUCCGUUCAACAUCCUAUAUUUGUGCAUAUCUUGUUUGUGAUAUUCUCUCUUUGUAUAUCAAAUGUGAGCGCUUUUUGCAUUGUUUUGAAUGCUAUGCGGUGUUUUUUUCUCUACUCUCCAAGACUCAUUAGUGAUAGACCAUUGGUGAGACAUUACAAUUCUGUGAAAUUUGAGAUCUGUUAUUCUACAGU